GUUGCUGCAGCCAACAUGUCGGCGAUCCGAGGUGCAGGCGUCCUGCUGAUGCUGAGCUGCGUGCGCCUCCUGCUCUUUGCUCCAUCCCCCUGUGCAGGUGAAGGAAGCGACUGCAGCUGCAACGCUACCAACAGCCGCUGUGAUGAGUUCGGAGUCUGCAGGUGUGAUCCAGGCUGGGACGGCGCGCUGUGCCAGCGCUGCGUGACGAUGCCGGGUUGCGUCCACGGCUCCUGCCUGCAGCCGUGGCAGUGCGCGUGUCAGCCGGGCUGGGGCGGCCGAUUCUGCGACAAAGACCUCAGCGUGUGCUCCCAGCAGCCCUGCCUCAACGGCGCCACCUGUCUGCUGGAGGACAGCGGGGACUUCCGCUGCUUGUGUCCAGACGGUUUUCAUGGUCCGACCUGCCGGAAGAGGAAGGGGCCGUGUCUCCAGACAAGGUCCCCGUGUAAAAAUGGCGGCCUGUGUGAGGACGCCGACGGCUUUGCGGCAGCGCUGUUGUGCCGCUGCCUCGCCGGAUUCACGGGGCCCCGCUGUGAGACCGACAUCGACGACUGCUUGCUGGGGCCGUGUGCCAGCGGCGCCACCUGUGUGGAUGGAGUGAACCGGUUCUCCUGCCUCUGCCCGGUCGGGUUCUCAGGCCGGUUCUGCACGGUCAACGUGGAUGACUGCGCCAGCCGGCCCUGCCGAAACGGCGGCCGCUGCCUGGACCGCGCCGGAGGCUUCCGCUGCCUCUGCCGGCCGGGAUUCACCGGAACCACCUGCGAAACGCCGCCGAGCCCCGCCAACGCCGGGCCGAGCCCGCCAACGCCGGGCCGAGCCCCGCCAACGCCGGGCCGAGCCCCGCCAACGCCGGGCCGAGCCCCGCCAACGCCGGGCCGAGCCCCGCCAACGCCGGGCCGAGCCCCCCGGUCUGGACCACGCGGGCCCGGGACACUGGUCACCAUGAACAGGAAGGUAAAGGUGACGGUGAAGGAGCGCGGCGCCGGCGGCCUGUCGGACCUGCAGCUUGUCGUUGUGUUGGUUCUGACCAGCGUGUCUGUAGGCGCGGUGGCGCUGACCGCCGCUCUGGUCCUCCACGCCCCCUGCCAACGCCGCGGCCACGCCCCUUGCCAACGCCGCGGCCACGCCCCUUGCCAACGCCGCGGCCACGCCCCUUGCCAACGCCGCGGCCACGCCCCCUGCUGGUCGUCCCCAUCGCGGCGCAGCAGCCAGGAACCCGCCGAGCAGCCGGAGCAGCGGAUCAGCGUCCUGAAUGCAACAGAACCACCGAAAAAGAAACUCAACAUAGAGGCCGUUUAGAGAGAGGUCAGAGGUCACAGAUCCACAUGCACUAUGACAUCAGACGUUGAUCAGAUGGUUUGCAUCAUGGAACCGGACCCGACUGGAUCAGAAUUCAUACUCAGGAAGGCGUUACCAUGACGACCAACAGGAACAUUUCUUGGAUGGGUCGGGUCGGGUCGGGUCGGGUCGGGUCGGGUCGGGUCGGGUCGGGUCGGGUCGGGUCGAAGGUUGAACGGAGUUCUGGUUCCUAGAUCCGGGUUUGGACCAACUCCCCGUCUGAACCAGAACCGGCUGCAAACCGAAAUGUUCUGUAAAUACUGUAAUAUAUCUUAUUUAUUGCUUCUUGUACAGAUUUUAUUUGACCCGUCGGACCCCGGGGGUCCAGCAGGGGGCGCCGAGUGUCGAACAUUAACAGCGGUACUUUGAGUUCAUCUCAAUGUUUUUUAUUCAUUUAUUAAUGUCAAUAUUUCAAACUAAAUAUUCAGUUACAAAGCUAAAUAUCGCUGUAAAACGAUAACAUGAGAUCAGCUUUUCUCGGACCGGUCCACAAGUCAUCAGAACU